CAGAGCCCUAUGAAGCUGUUGGCCUUGCUGCUCGUGCUCUGGCACAGUGCACUCUGGACAGUGCAAGAAGCCAGCCCCCUGGGCCCUGCCCACUCCCUGCCCCUGAGCUUCCUGCUCAAGUGCUUGGAGCAAGUGAGGAAGAUCCAGGCCGAUGGAGCUUUGCUGCAGGAAAGCCUGUGUGCUGCCCACAAGCUGUGCCACCCUGAGGAGCUCCUGCUGCUCGGGCACAUUCUGGGCAUCUCCCAGGCUCCCCUGCACAGCUGCUCCAGCCAGGCCCUGAAGGUGAUGGACUGCCUGAGCCAAGUCCACAGCGGCCUCUUCCUCUACCAGGGCCUCCUGCAGGCCCUUGCUGGGAUUUCCCCUGAGGUCACCCCCUCCUUGGUCCUGUUGCAGUUGGAUGUUGCUGAUUUUGCUGCUAACAUCAGGCAGCAGAUGGAAGACUUGGGGGUAGCUCCAGCGGGGCAGCCCACCCAGGGCCCCAUGCCAACCUUCACCUCUGCCUUCCAGCGCCGGGCAGGAGGGGUGCUUGUUGUUGCCAACCUACAGAGCUUCCUGGAGCAGACGUACCGGGCUUUGCGCUUCCUCACCCAACCCUGA